AUGUUCAUUCAGCGGACCCGCUUCCUCGGGCGCGCCCAUGCCCACCAAGGAACGAAGGCGUUUAGCUCGUUCAUGCUCGUGGAUCCGAAGGCGGCCAGCCCAGAUGCGUCCAAUGAGCUGACGCCGGAGCAAGUGGUGUACCAGCUGGACCAGCACAUCAUUGGGCAGACCGACGCCAAGAAGGCCGUGGCAAUCGCGUUGCGCAACCGCUGGCGCCGCCGCCAGCUCGACGGGCCGAUGCGCUCGGAGAUUUCACCGAUGAACAUCCUCAUGAGCGGCCCGACGGGCUCGGGUAAGACGGAGAUUGCGCGUCGCUUGGCCAGGCUCACGCAGUCCCCGUUCGUCAAGGUCGAAGCGACCAAGUUCACCGAGGUUGGUGUCUACGGGUCGAACGCUGACUCGAUGAUCAAGGACCUCACAGACAUUGCCAUCGACAUGGAGCGGGAGGCCGCCAAGAAGGCGAACGCGAGCGCGGCCCGUGCCCGUGCGAUCGAGCGCGUUUUGGACCUCAUUGCGCCCGCGCACUCGUCGUCGGACGCGUUGCGCCGCAAGUUGCGCGCUGACAUUGCGUCGGGCGAUGCCGAUGAUCGUCACAUCACGGUCGUGCUCAAGCCGAUCGAGUCGACCCAUCGCCGACGCGGGUCGCCCGAGGACAUGAUGAUGGAGCUGCCGCCCGAGCUCCAGCAGAUGAUGAAGCAGCUCAGCGGCGUCCUUGGCGCCCGCGACGGGCAGCCCAAGAAGCAAGGCCAAACCAUGACGGUCAAAGAAGCCCUCCCAAAGCUCGAAGCGGAAGAGGCCGUGAGCGGCCUCAACGAAGACGACAUUGUGCAGCGCGCGAUCGAAAACGUCCAGACGAACGGCAUUGUCUUCCUCGACGAAGUCGACAAGCUCGCGCAGAACAACGACAACCGGAGCUUCCGCAAGGGCGAAGGUGUGCAGAAGGAGCUCCUCGCGCUCACCGAAGGCUGUGCCGUGCACACGCGCCAUGGCAUUGUGCACACGGACCACAUCCUCUUCAUUGCCAGCGGCGCGUUCCACAACUGCAGUCCGUCCGACUUGAUGCCUGAGCUCCAGGGCCGGCUUCCGAUCCGCGUCAACCUCUCGCCGCUCACGGAGAAGGACUUUGUGCGCAUCCUCACCGAGACGCAGUACAACUUGCUCGACCAAGUGCGUGCGCUCAUGGCCACCGAAGACGUUAGCGUCGUCUUUACCGACGAUGCGAUCGACGAAAUUGCGUCCGUCUCGUCGCAGGUCAACGUGCAGACGGACAACAUUGGCGCGCGACGCCUCGCGACGGUCGUCGCCAAGAUCACGGAGCACGUGUCGUUCCACGCGCCGUCGCUCAAAGCGUCGACGAUUACCAUCGACAAGGCGUACGUGCAAGAGCACCUCAAGGACAUUUUGCAAAAGACCGACUUGACCAAGUACAUUUUGUAA